AUGUUAACAGAAGUACCAAGAAGGCUCUCAAGAGAACUCUACGGCGCAACCAAAGGUUUCAAGGAGGAGUUGGGGAAAGGAGGGUUUGGCAGUGUCUACAAAGGUGUGCUUUCCAGGAGCGGAAUCGAGGUUGCAGUUAAGAGAGUAUCGCAUGGUUCAAAGCAAGGGAUGAGGGAGUUUGUGGUGGAAAUAUCAAGCCUGGGGAGGAUGAGGCACAGGAUCGUGGUCCAAUUGCAUGGUUGGUGUAGACGAUGCGAUGACCUGCUCCUGGCUUAUGAAUUCAUGCCAUAUGGGAGUAUAGACAAUUUUCUUUUUGAUGUGAAAGGUAGAAGCCUGAGUUGGGAACAGAGGUUCAAGAUUCUAAAGGGAAUUGCUUCCGGCCUGCUGUAUCUUCAUGAAGAGUGGGAGCAAGUGGUUGUGCACAGAGAUGUUAAAGCAAGUAACGUGUUGUUAGAUGGUGAUCUAAUGGCAGGUUGGGUGAUUUUGGUCUUUCCAGACUCUAUGAGCAUGGGCCACCCCAAGGCAACCCAAAUCGUUGGGAGUUUUGGGUACAUGGCGCCGGAGUUCUCCAGCACCUGGAAGUCCAGCACGAGUGCCAAUGUCUACUCUUAUGGUGCUUUGCUCCUAAAGGUGGCCUACGGAAGGAGGCCUAUUGAGCCGGAGAGACAUUGUGAAGAGAUGUUCUAUUGGAGUUAG